UCUACGGCUUCCUUGGUUACCUUAUACGUUCUGUCGUCAGACUAGAUUAUUUUCAUUAUAUCAGAAGAUGACGGCCCACAGCAUGGGCGCCUUUGGCGCCUAUAAAUACGCUUACAGUAGAUACUUAAAGGAAAGAGAGGACAAGGAAAAGGAGCGAAAGGAAUUAGAGGAAGGACCGGAAACUGUAUGGGUGACGAAGCGAUACAUCCCCACCGACCUUCGUGUUACUGCCCCAGUUCCUCGUCAUAAACUUUUAGCCCCAAAAGUUCUUCCUCGGGCAGAGACACAUUGGGUCCCUACCAUUGAGCCUCCUCUCAGAAGCUUUGAUAGGGGUCCAGAGGCAGCUAUAUUUAAAUCCCACCCCAGCACUCGAUGCGAGGAAUACUCCACACUGAAACAAAUGAUACCGUCAAGUGGAAGUCUGAUCAGAGUUGCUCCCCCGAACUGGGGUACUGCUGGAGGGGUACCUGUUAUGCAUUCUUUGGUACCAGCCCGUCGAUAUCCUAUGAUAAACAGCCCAAUGACGAAAUAUGUGGAUGACAUGCACACAACCAACAAGCUCUUCAAACUACAUUGAUGAAAGGUGAUACCAUACAUUGAUGAAAGGUGAACCAUACAUUGAUGAAAGGUGAUACCAUACAUUGGUGAAGCCUUCGCUACUUAAAAAGAUAGGAACUCAGAUUUUUACCAUUUAACCAAGAUCCCGUGUCGCCACAUUGUGUGUUCUCAUUUUUUGUAAAACUUGUAUAUAUUUACACCCAGUAUU